AUGCUCAUGGGCUUGAAGCGCAGAGACUGGUGUUGUGUGCACAAGGAUCACGGGCUGCUCGCGGAGUCGGGUGCUGCCGCCUCCCUAGGAACCUUCCCGCUACCCAACCCACACGAGGUGGCGUCGGUCUAUCAUGAUAUCCUGACAUAUCUUCAUUGGCUCCACGAUGUUGCACAUGUCGUCCACGGCGACGUCUGUCUCAAUAAUAUCAUGUAUCUCGAGAGAGAUGGGAGGAUCUACGGCGUCUUGAAUGACUGCGAUUCUGCGAUUAAGGUGAAUGACAGUAACUCAGGGACCCAUUCAUCCCAACAGUCUGCGGGCACAAAACCGUAA